UUUUUUUAGCGUUUGCCAUGAAAUGGCUACACUAGCUUGAACCGCCGUCGGUUGCACUACUAACCUUUGCGCACCGUAAAAUGGCCGGUUGGUCCUCUCGGUAAUGUGCGACUUGCAAGUCAUCGCCGUGUAUCUACUCAUCACUGGCCUGGCGAUAGCUGUCGUGACCGCGGAGGAUGGCACAUGUGCGUGUCUGCAAGACCCACCUAAGAAGAACGUUCAGCCGCUUGUCUUCUGCAACUGGUACAAGACUAAAAGCUGCUGUCUGCCUGCACAUGAUGCGGAUAUCAACGGCAAAUUCCUCGCACUGAUCGAAGCUGGACCGGCGUGCGAGAAGUUCCAGAACGCCGCCAAACGCUUCCUGUCUUUUGCCUUCUGCUACGCAUGCGACCCCGAAGAGCCCACACAUUUUACAACACCUUUGGACACGCACUUCUUCAAUGCGAGCACCAAGACGGUGAAGAUUUGCGCAAGUGUUGCAUUGAACAUGGCACCGAAGCUUUUCUCGGACUGCGGAUUGCUUCUACCUGACAAUCGAGAAACGAUUUGCUCUCCGAAUUCCCCCGUAGUUCCACACAAAGUAUGGACUGGCUGCAAUGACCAACAGUACAUUUGCCAGGACAACACGACGUCUGACUGGUAUUGCUCCGAUUCAGAAUGCGGAGCUGCACACACGCCACCAGGAUUCAACGACGUACCUUGCAACGCUUCACAGUACACCUGUGACGGCGUACUCAUGUUUCUCAACGACAACCGAGCCGCCAAACCACCCAAUUACGAAGACUACCCUGUCGAAAUUGUAGACGAACAACGUUGCAAAAAGGAGUAUGGUGAAGAUGAAGCUGCUGUUAGGUGUAGAUGUCUGCGUGAUCCUUCUGUCGCCGCAGGGCCCCAGUCGACGUUGGUAAUUACUCUUGCGCUUAGCAUUUUGUUAGUGCUCCAUACUACAGCAGACGCAGGAUAG